UGGAUGCUACGGUCUCCUCCUGUCCUUGUGUCGUCUCGUCUCUUCUUCUCCAUCGUCUUUUCCGUCCACGACUGGAAGCAAACAUGACUUUCUACAGACACUCAGGCCCCAAGAGCUACAUGACGUCCACCAUGACCGACCGCUUCGACUGCUACUACUGCCGUGACAACCUGCACGGGAAGAAGUACGUGAAGAAGGACGAGAAGCACAUGUGCCCCAAGUGCUUCGACAAGCUCUGCGCCAACACCUGUGCAGAGUGCAAGCGCCCCAUCGGUGCUGAUGCCAAGGAGCUGCAUCACAAGAACCGUUACUGGCACGAGGACUGUUUCCGCUGCACCAAGUGCUACAAGCCGCUGGCCAGCGAGCCGUUCAGCGCACGCGACGAUGGCAAGAUAAUGUGUGGCAAGUGUGGGGCUCGUGAAGACGGCAACCGGUGCCAGGGCUGCUAUAAAGUGGUCAUGCCAGGAUCCAAGAACGUGGAGUACAAGAACAAGGUGUGGCACGAGGAGUGCUUCACCUGCUUCGAGUGCAAGCAGCCAAUCCGCACGCAGAGUUUCCUCACCAAGGGCGAGGACAUCUUCUGCGCCCCCUGCCAUGACAAGAAGUUUGCCAAGAAGUGCUUUCAUUGCAAGCAGCCAAUCACCUCUGGAGGGAUCAGCUACCAGGACCAGCCCUGGCACUCCGAGUGCUUCGUGUGCCGCACCUGCAAAAAAUCUCUGUCCGGCAUUCGCUUCACUUCCCACGAGAACAGCGUCUACUGCGUGGACUGUUACAAGACUGAUGUGGCCAAGAAGUGCCACGGCUGCAAGAACCCCAUCACAGGGUUCGGCCAUGGAACCAACGUGGUGAACUAUGAGAGCUACUCCUGGCACGAGUACUGCUUCAACUGCAAGAAGUGCAGCCUCUCGCUGGCCAACAAGCGCUUCGUGCUCACUGGAGAUCAUAUCUACUGCCCCGACUGUGCCAAGAAGCUGUAAAGGCAGACAAGCACAUUCGUGGAAUAAUACCAAAAUUGAAAACUUUUCUCAUGAAAUGAUCAUUUUUGUAGUAAAACAAACAAAAUAACAGAGACACAGUUUCUGAAUUUGCAUAGAAAUGUCAUAAGUCAAUUUUGAUGAUAUACAAUGACAUAUUAGGGGUUAAUUUCAACUAAAUAUGCACUUGCUUUAUAAUGUAUCGCCUCAUAGAUAACUGCAACUCAGUUUUAGUGACUUGUUGGGCUCUGACAUGGCAACAUUUUGUUUGUGCGAUCAGAUUAGCGCGAUAAUCUGAUCUGCCGCGUGAGACAGGAAGCCUUUUUCGGUGCCUUACUGGAAUGUUUCCGAGAAUAAACAUGCUUUUUAACACGCAUAUUACAGCUCCUCGUGCAUACCAGCUUCGAUUAACCCGUUACAUACCUGAGUGGUUGCCAUUUUUUGGCUGCUUGUGUACUCCUGAUUUCUGUUUGAAGUUGAGUGUAAAACAAGAAUUUAAAAAAGAGAAAAUAAAGACGUGACAAAUGAA